CGUCAUUGAGGCAGCUCGGAUGGAAGGAGACAGGCGAUUUGCUCCUUCCGUGACACACUUCGACCAUGCCGGGGAAAGAGCCCAAGGCAACAGCAUCCACAGGUUCCUUCCCAAAUACAGGCUGAGUCCUUACUUAUUGAACAGAAAGGCAAGAACAACCAGGAGUCAGUCGGUUCUCCUCUCAAGCUGUUUCCGAAGGGCAACCAAACUACAUCGUAGCCGGCUGAACCCCAGAAACAUUCAUACAUACAUCGAUGCCGCCUCGCUUCUCGGUGGCCAACACGUUAACGCCAAUCAGGUCAUCCAGAGCAUCUCUAUCUUGUAUAUAGCCCUUGUUCGCCGCCUUACAUAGACAUCAUGACAGACCCUCACACCCGUCAAUACUCCCACAUCGGAGGCAACCCUACCGAGCUUCUCGAUCGCCUCGCCGUCUCGGAGCUCUGCAAGGGCUGGCCUACCUGUCGACUGACACUGACACAUACAGCCUGGAGUGGCGCCCAGCUCAUUGACGACUUCAUCCGCAUCUCAGUCAAGGGCAAGAAGAUAGGCGACUUCAUCAUGCACCGCGAGUGCGGCACCCUCGUCGAGCUGAACCGCGCGGCCAAUCGUGCUGUCGGGAAGAUGAAGGCGACCAUCACACAGCGAUUCAAGCACCGCGACGGCUUCGAAUACGACGUCGACUGCGACUGCCGCUUCAUCUUCUUCUGCAAGAAAGAAAAGGUCGAUGAUGACGUCCAAGACAGUUACGGAUACGGACAUGGACAUCGAGACUGGAGAGCGGCAUUUGUCAAGCUCGUCUACGAGAAAGACAAGGUCGUGCCCGUGGAUGGGACAUCUGCGCCCGCCUUCGCCGACGAGGUGCUGGCAAGGUACCCAACGGGCUACAAAUACCUCGGCGCCGCGCAGAGUACUCUGGGAUACGAUAUUGAUGCCAAGCUCGUCACGGGGCAGGACUUAGAGUCGUGCGAUAAGAUGUAUCGGAGUAUAGAAAGCUGGUUGGCAGGAGAGCAGGGGGCAGUUGGUCUGUUCGGCUGA